CCCCUAACACGCUCGUCUCCAUACAUAAUGUCCCUUACCGACUCCGAGCUCGAGCUCGUCAGCUCCGAACUGCGGGGCAACAACGACGACAUUCCUGAGGAGCCCGACAUGAUCCUCUCAUCAGAUGCCGAGAACGGCGAGUCGUUUGCCCCUCCACCACGCAUCGCCGCACGCUUCUAUCGUCACUCCGCAAACCGCCGCAAGUCGUCGGCCGCAUCGUCGCGCCGCAACUCCAUAUCCUCGACGCAUUCGCACACAUCGAACCGAUCGUUUCGCAACAACUGCCAGAGCCACCAAGUCGCGCAGCACCUCCGCCGCGCCUCCAUACUCGAGGAUCGCAAGGCAAGACUGGCAGACCGCGCAGCACAUGCCGAGCAGGUCAGGCUGCGUGCUGCCUUGGCCAAGGCCGCCCCGCGUGGCUCCAACAGCGAAGAGCGAGCCCUGGCGGCAAAACAGGCCCGCGAGAAGCACCUCGCACAGGUUGCCGCCUCGUGUGCCGAGGAAGUGAGGAGGGCCAAGAAGAUUGCUGAAGACAUGAAGGAGCGCAAGGCUGCCGAAGAGCGGAGAUAUCGCAUGGAAAUGGAGGAGAAACUGGCCGAGGCCGAGAAGAGAAGACUGGAAUACAAGCGCAAUCCCCGACGCCCAAGGACCGCCAGUUCGCCUCCAGCCAGUCUAAAACCACGCACCCAGCGGCCCGUCUUGACCAUCGAGGACGCAGCCAAGAGGAUCCAGGCCGCCUGGCGAACAAAGGUCAGGCGCGAUAUUGUUAGAGAAUGGCUGAAACUCGGUCUGUCGAUUGAGAUGGUGCAAGAGACCAGUUUCGAUGUUAUCACUGGCAUGCUCGCAGAUGAGAAGCUGCUCAAGACGACUGAUAGGAUCAUGACGCUGUUUGUGCUACUACCCGACGCAGACCCAGCCCCCCGUAGUGCCGCCGUUAGGACAUUCCUCUCCUCGUACCUUAUUCUGGCACACCCCACACAUGUUUUCAGCCGGGACGGCGACCAGGAGCAGGAUCUCAUCACCAAAGCCAAGGACCUUGUCAUCAGCUUCGAGUCUGCCUUGGCCAAACUGACCAAGCUCAACUCGUACACCCCGUCACCCACACGCACCGAGACCGUUCUGCUCGCCCAUAGCGCAUUCGUUACCGCCUUCAACGACUGGAAAUCCCGUGAUUCGUCAGCGCUUAUCGAGACCAUGGUUGCUUCGUUUGUCAGCCUGGAUGAAAUAUGGCAGAGCGUCAAGGAUGCAACCGUCGACGAGGUGGCAAACGAAUAUCGAAAUGGUAUCCGGGAUAACCAGGCUAUAUUGCUUAGUAGGAUCAAGAAGUUGGCUGGGCCUGACCGGGCUCUUACCUUGAUCAGGAAGGCCAUACGUGAAAGCCGGAGGUCAAGGCCAAAGAAGAGGCUCGCAGGUGAUACGGUUCGUCCGCGUGUGGCCAGCGACUCGACACCAGACUCUCCGCUGUCAGCCGAAAGCGCUGCCCAUCAGGCAGAGGCCGCUUCCGAACUCGCGGCUUCUGGUCAGACCAAUACCACUACUCAGGGUCACCAGGCCCAGUCGCUAUCCAAGGUCUUCACAGUGGUCCCUGACAACCGCAUACUUGUUCACGAGCUGUCUAUUGACAAGGAAUACCGCAUUGAUCCCUCACCUACCGCCGACCUUCGCGAUGCUCUCAACCGCGAGCUUUGCGACGCCAUGCGACGAGGCUUCGAAGAGGGUGGUAGUGCAAACUGGACCACUGCCAUGGCAGAAAACAUACGGGGCAAGCUGUUACGGCUGCUGAAGCCUGGCAACUCGAUGCAUACCCUCAUCUCCGAGACACUGGAUCCCGAGCAUAUCAGUCGGCAGUGCAGUCAAGGCGUCUUCUCGUACGCCAAGUUCUUUGGCUUCAUUGCCGGUAUCCUGCCCAAGCUUUGCGCUCCCUUCCGAGACGCAGAGGUCCAGUUGCUCGCGGAAGAACUGAAGGAAGAGGGCGAUCUUUCCAGCAUGAUUGAGAAGCUGUUCAAGGUGCUCCACAUUAUCGACCUUCUCUCCUUGGACUACUCAAACUUCCUUCUGAUGAACGCCGCUCCCACGCUCAUCAAGGAGGCUAUCGGCUACGAGCAACGCAUGUUCACGCAGGACCUCGAGGAGGGUAAAAUCACUCUGGACCGCACGCGCCGCUGGUGGCGCAGUGCCGCAGUCAAUAUGCACACCGAGGCUGAUCGCCGUGACCCAUGGAGCCAGGCCAAUCCCAUCAAUCGUCCCACGGCGCACAAAAUCUAUGCACGCGGUCUUGUCGAUCUCGCUAUCGCAACGCCACCGCUCCGAGAGUCCGAACUGCCCGAGACACUGGAACUGGACCGCGCACGCAUAGCCCGGAUCCGCGAGGACGCGCUUCGCAUCACGACGAUUGGAGGCAUUCUGCUCACAGCCAAAAACCUGCUCAAGCGGGAUGUGCGCUCGCAGUGGAAGUCGGAAGCUAGCAAGAUGUGGCUGGUGCUCAAGGAGAACGGAUACAUGUCUGAUGCCUCAACGGCUGGCAAGAUCUCGUCUCUUCUCGAGUCUUCACGCAACAUGCCACCGUCGACGCGGUCGCAGCUCUCAUCGACCAUCACGAGACUGCUUACGCAGGCCGAGGCGGGCAAGCUUUCGGACCCGGUCAUGAAGGUGCUCUUCCAGCGGCUCAAGACACACAUUUUCAACCGUGUGAGCGCCAGCAGCUCGGGCGAGCGGGUGCGAGCGGCCAGCACGGCGACCGAAGGCCUCGCCACGACGGGUCUCCCUGAAUUCGUGUCGCAGGUGGCGGACAUUUGCGACCAGCUCGGCAAGGUGGGCGAGGUGGACCGCAAGUGCCAUGGCAAGUGGUACGAGGAGAUUGCCGAGGAGAUGGAGCGGCUGGGUGUCGAGGGCGGCGAGGAGCUUACGCGUUCGUCGAGCGUGGAGAGCUCCUCUUCGUCUUUGGUCUAGAAGGAUAUUGGACGCGUGGAAGGGAAUCACCGUGGUGAUUGGCGUUUUUUCUUUCUCCUCUCUUUGCUCAUCAUCCUCUUUCGUCCAUGUGGGGGUUGAACUGGGAUGACUGGUUGAUUGGCUGAUUGACUGACUGACUGACUGACUGACUGCCUGAUUGAUUUGACUGUACGCAUUCCUUUGCUUUCUUUUUUUUUCUUUCGCUCUUGUCGUCAUGGUCAUGGUCAUUGUCGUAGUUGUCGUCGUUCACUGCAUGGCGCUGAGGCGUGGUUCUUUUUUCUUAUCUCUUUCUCUUCUCAUUUUUCCUUUUCUAUCAUUUUUCCUUUGGGGGGAGGGAGGGAUGAGGGGGUGGCGGGACGAGGGAGAUGGGAGGUGCUUUGAAACUUGCUGCAGAAGGUCUUUCUUUUCUUUCUGGUCUUUGUUCAUGAGCACA